UUCCCUCUCUCUCUCUCUAAUUUAAAACACUUUGAUUUGUCCUAUGUUCUCAUCUGUCACUGUUUCUCUCAUUCAGUUUUCACAUUCAAUUCUCACCCAACGAAUUAAAACACCAAUCCAAAUCCCAAGAUAUGAACAUUAAUAUCAACGACAACAACAAGUUCAAGAACCAACAUCUUCGUAUUGCAGACAUACUCGCUGAUGAUGAUGACGGCGAAUAUUUUGUUAGAGAUUUAGGCAUGGAGUGCUGGUCGCCUGGCCGGAUUGUUGCUCGCUGGCUGGCGGCGGUGUGGCGGCGGCGGCGGAACAAGGAGAGUUCUAUUGUGAAUGUGGUGCCGCUUAGGAAGCCGGAGGAGGAGGAGGAGAAGGAGAAUGAGCCUUUGCGCACAAGGGGUUCGGUCGAUGGUCUCCAGGGCCGUCCUGGUUCGUCGCUUUCUUCUUCCGAAAGACAGUGCAGAGAAGAUGCUUCGUUCAACUUGGGACUCGGGUGUAGUUAGCUAUAUCUCAUUGCAGCGAGUAAAAAUGAACUUACUAAGAUGGUGGAGUUGCGAAAAGAAGUGGAAAUGCUUCUUCAAAAUGUCAAAGUGGAAUUACAAAGGAAGGAUGUACUGUGUAAGCCAUUUGAGUCAAAUGACACAAUUGCUUAUUCCACCACUGAUAUACAAGAAGGUUCAAACUCUAACAGCAGAAUUUCACUUCAGUCACAAACUACAUCACAUGUCUUACAAGAUUCAGAAAGCAUUAUGGUACAUGAUCAGCUUUUGAUUAGUAAUCAUCAUCAAAAAGAGGAACAUGUAGAAGGAAUGGAUGAACUUGAGGCGGAACUUGUAGCUGAGUUAGAACUUCUGCAGAUCCACUUGGAUAGAGAAAAUUCGACGAAACAUCCACAGCAGCAAAGUAUAAAGGACUGGUACCAGCAAAGAGGAGCACAAAUGGGCAAAGACACUGCUUCUGUCAGAGGCCGCAGUUUGAGUUUUGGGGAAGUAAUUGACCCUCAAAAUGGAGGUACUGAAAUGGAAUAUGGAGUUCCACCCACAGAACUCGAGAUAGGGCUGCAUGAACUACUGGAAGCAAGACAGCAAGAAUGGGUAGAAGAUACUGAAAUGGAAUAUGGAGUUCCACCCACAGAACUCGAGAUAAGGCUGCAUGAACUACUGGAAGCAAGACAGCAAGAACGGGUAGAAGAGCUAGAAGCUGCUCUAGAAUGUACCAUACACAAGCUUCGUGAAAAAGAAAUAGAGGUUUCUUGGUGGAAAGACACUGCACGACUUAUUUCGCAGCAUGUUCCAGGGCCUUCACGAUUUAGUUCCUGACAUAAUUCAGAAACUUCUUAAUUAUGGAGGUAGGCAGCAAAUUGUAAACCACGGGUUUUGAGCAAGAUUUUGAUCAAGCCAUUAUGCAUGAGAAAUUAUAUUUAGGUGUUUGAUGAUGAGUUACAGUAUCUGUCUGGCUUUUUGGCUUAUGGAUUGUAACAGCGUGGGAUAUAAAGUGUAAAAAGGUGUAAUGCUGACAAAUGAGAAGAAUAAUACACAAUCAAGAAUUGCAACAGAGUGAAAUUGAACUAGGAAA